AUGGAUACUGCUGCUACGGCCACGUACGACGCGACGCGGGCGGAGCGCUUUGAGCGGUGGCUGCCGGCCGACACGUUCCCGCCGUCGUACAGCUGCACCACGCCAGCGGAGGCGGAGCUGCACAGGGCUGUCGAGCUGUUCCGCACGCAGUACCACGAGUACUACCCCAACCGCGCACCGCUGCUGCUGGCGCCGCUGAACGAGUGCAGCACGUCCAAGGUGAUUUGCACCUUCAUCAAGCCGACGGUGUUUCCGUUCGAGGAGCUGUUCGACCUCCCGUCGUGCGCGGGGUUCCUCGCGGACUACAUGCGCUACGAGCCCCUCAGCGACCCCGUGAAGCUGCCAGCCGUUGUCGUCUCGCCGGCUACGACGCUGCAGUGGCAGAUCGGCAACUGCUUUGAGCUGAGCCUCGUCCUCGCGUCGGUGCUCGUGGGCGCGGGCUACAACGCGUUUGUCGUUGUCGGCUACGCGCGGCGGUUUGUGUGCGAGAAUGACCACUCGCAGCGGGUGUGGACGGAUAGCGGCGGCCUCUUCAACGAGGCAGAGUCCGACGGCGAGCAGGAGGUAGAGGCGGAGCUUGACGUGGAGUAUGCCGCGCUCGUGAAGGAGCGGCCAGUGCUGCGCGGCGUCGACGACCCCGAACCCACCGCCAAGCAGCAGCAACAGCAGCAAGAGGCACCGCCACCACCACCACCACCACAGCAGCAACAACAGGAAGGCCCACAAAAGCAGACGCCUGCGCAGCAGCAACAAGCCCAGGAGCAGCAAGAAGAAGAAGGGGCCCCGGGGCCGCUGCAGGAGCAGGAGGAAGGAGAGGAGGGGCAACGACCAAAGUACUCUGCCGCUUCGAAUCGGACGCCCACAGACAAGGCGAGCAUGAAACGGCUGCACAGUUGGGUUCUCGUGCUCCCUGGUGGGCGCAAGAGCCAAAAGGACACCGUCUUUGUGGAGCCGUCGAGCGGCGAGAUGAUCCCGCCCCGCAAAGCCGACGCUUUCUACACCGGCAUCGAGGCCGUCUUCAGCAUGCACAACUACCUCGUGAACCUCGCGCCUGACGCCCCGGUGAGUGCGCUCACGCUCGACCUGACCGACGGCACGCAGUGGGAGGGCGUCAUGCUGGACAUUGACACCGAAGAGGAGCGCGACGCGUCGCAGGUUCUUGCUGCUGGCCCCGGCGACCGCCUCAGCCACACCGUCAACGUCGGCAUCCGCUUGCGCGGGCACGGCUACGAUAUGAGCACCACUUCAAUGCAUGCCGGCACGGCCACGGCCGCCAGUGGGCUGGCGGUGUCGCUGCGGGAGAAGGCCGUGCGGCCCGUCAGCGUCUCGUGGGUGCGGGAGUUGAUUCUCAGCCGCGCGCAGUACGAGGGCCGUUACCCGGGUGGCACAAAGACGAUCCGCUACACCAAUGCGGAGGUGCGCUGGUACGCGCCCUACGCGAUGCAAGAUCUCCGUGUGAUGGAGGUGCGCCUGCCGGACAACAUGUACCGCGACCGACAGCAGGUGCACUUGCUCUUCAAGCACCGCGCGGACAAGCUGCACCGCCGCUCCACCUUUCCCACCGAUUCCACGCCCAUGACUUCUGCUGUUGUUGCAGGGGACAGCUACGAGGGCGGAAGCGGCACUGCGGCUUCCGCGCCAUCGUUCCGACUGCUGAAGGAGUGGUACGAGCGCGGGCGCAUGCGUGACGCGGCGGUGGAGGGGCUGCGCCUCUUCGUGCACGAGACUGGCGUGUCGCGUAGCAUGACGUUCUACUGGGACGCCCGCGACGACGGCCUGUGGCGGCGGCGGGAGUACUUCUACGAAGGCAGCGCGCUGCGCAAGGUGAAGGAGUUCUACCGGCAGCGCGAUGACCGGUUGUGGUACCGCAGCGCGACGUUCGGCCGCACCACCGCCGUCCUCCGCAUGACGCGGCGCAGCAGCAGCGUCUUCGCCGACCGCAGCGCCGACGACGCGCUGCGACUGGACCC